AUGUCGCGCACAUCCACGCUGACCCAUGCGAGCCAAGGCAUCUCUCAACCUGCACUGCCUUCACCGGUUCAGCUAGAACCUCUUCGAGACGAGCGCAAGCACAAUGGCAGCUUUUUGGAUACACCGCCACUAGAUGAGGCGGACCCCAUUCCGUCCGAUACGUCGCCAGAGACUGUGUCUCGGGAAGACAGCAUAGAGUCGCAUUUCAGGGGCACCUGGCAUGAAAUAACUUUCAUAUUGGUCGUCAUAAUGGCUCAACUGUUUUCUCAAAUGAAUCUAGGCAACACCAUCAUUCAAGCCGCCAGCAUUGCUGACACCUUUCGAAUCGGUGAAGUGCAGGAAAGCUGGUUUGUCGCAAGCUAUAGUACAACCGUAGGGGCCUUCGUGCUUGUUACCGGAAGACUCGGUGAUAUCUACGGGAUCAAGACUCUCUGGAUGAUUGGGUGGACUUGGCUUGCCGUGUUCUCUCUUCUCUGUGGCUUCUGUGGCUAUGUCCAAUCUGCCGUCCUCUUCGAUGUCUUUCGUGCUCUCAUGGGAAUUGGCCCUGCGACGCUGAUGCCGAAUGCGUCCGCGUUGUUAGGCACCGCCUUCCCGCCUGGCUUCAAAAAGAAUCUUGCGUUUGCCAUCUUUGGAGCUGUCGCUCCUGGAGGCUACGUUUUAGGCCUGACUUGGGGUGCUAUCUUUACCCAGAUCGCUGAAGAUUGGCGAUGGACGUAUUGGAGUAUGACGUUCCUCUGCCUGACCAUGACAUUUGCAGCCUGGCUCGUUAUCCCAUCCGAGCUGAAUGUUAGCCACGGAGGAUCAUUCGAUUGGCUUGGUAGCUUGGUCGGAAUAUCCGGGCUCGUUCUCAUAUUCUUCGCUUUCAAGUAUGGAGCUGUAUACAUACCCACCCUGCUAGUUGUAGGGCUAUUGCUAAUUGUCUUGUUCGUGCUCAUUGAGAAUCGCACCGAAGACCCCGUUAUGCCCAUGUCGAUGUUCACGAAACCUGCCUUCGCUGCUGUUAUCGUGAGCCUGGCAUGUGGAUGGAUGAGCUUCGGAAUGUUUCAAUAUUACGAACCCCAAUUUCUGAUGCGCCUACGUGGUAUCUCCAUGAUGGAGCUAUGUCUCCAGUUGAUCCCUUGUGCGGCUUGCGGCGCCUUCGCGGCAGCAACCGCCGUGUACCUCCUCCCACGAGUCCCGGCAUGGACCGUCUUCCUUGCAUCCAUGUGCUUUUUCUGCAUUUCGCAAAUCCUCCUUGCAUUGACCCCCGUCAACCAAUCAUAUUGGCCAAUGACGUUUCCGCUCACUGUACUCGUCUCCAUUGGCCCUGACCUCAGUUUUGCGAGCGCAAGUUUAAUCGUGAGUGAUCAGGUUUCAAGAAAGCAGCAAGGGGCCGCGGGGAGUUUCAUCAACACGGUCGUAAACUACUCGAUUGGCCUGGGACUGGCUUUUGGUGGUAACAUCGAAGUGUCUACUAACGAUCAUGGGAGAGAUACAUUGAAGGGGUAUCGCUCUGCAUGGUGGCUGGGCGCUGGGUUUGCGGGGCUGGGGGUUGUGCUCACGAUCUUGUCGCGGAAGAAAAUGCAGAGGCAUAAGCAGGAGUAG